AUGUAUCUAAAUGCUGGUCGACGAGUCGUCUGGUACACGGAGGCCCGCUGCAACGACAACGCAGGGGUAGCUGAUUGGGCCGAGGCGUCCUCCGGGCUGUUCAUUAUCUCAAGCAUGCCACAUAUGAUUCAUCAUCCGCCAUGUCCAUCCCGGUGUAUCGUAAACAUGAAGCCGGCAGCUCGCUCCCUUGCUGAGAAGGACCGGUGCCUUGUCAUGAACCUCCAGAAUUCGGCAUGUGACGUCGGUGUCGGGAGUCUCGCAGCUACCUCCGACUCGGAGACGGAACGGACUCUUCCCGUGCCUGUCUCUAGAACAUGGCACACGGACGUAGGUACCAUGAUCUUGACAUUGGAUCUCAUUCGAACCAAUGCCUUCUGCAACAUGCGAGUGGCAUGCACGAAGGCAUGCGGUAGAAACAUAUCCGAGACCUACUCGAUAGUGCCAGGAUACCUCAUGACCCCUUGGGAGUAUUCUUUGGAGAACUCUGACGCACCCGCACUUAAAUUGCUGUUCAAAUAUCUCGAAACCGCUGCCCGGCUCUUUGCAGAGUCAACCUGGCUGCAGGGCGCUCUCCUCAGCAACAUUGUGUAUGGCGUCGAACUAGCCCUGUUUGGAAUAUGUUUCAAGCUGCUUGUGCAGCACACGAACCGCCAGAAUUACAGGAGACAGCUUUUCUUCCUGUCGUUCGUCACUCUCGUAUUCAUACUCGGCACGGUGUUUGUGUACAAGACUCCCCUGGUGGCCCAGCGAUGUUUGGGGAUAAGAUGCUGGAUCCCAGUCGACGAGCUCGGUGAGGUGUCAUGGGUCGUUGGCAACUGGCUGAUGGACAUGCUCAUGGUAUGGCGUUGCAUUGUGAUAUUCUCCAAUAUUCACGGCGUCUCAUUCUGGCCUGCUAUGGUCCUCCCGUGCCUCUUGUUUCGCGCUUCCUUUAGCUUCGGUGUACUCUUCCUCGUGAAGACGUCGCACACAUCGCCAUAUGGAGCCGUAGGCUUUAGCGUGGCCUACAUUGCCACAUCUCUCAGGCUCAACAUUAUCAUAACCGUGUUCAUAGCGGCACGCCUGCUCUAUUACCGGCAUCACUUCGGUUUUCGCGGCAUUGUACUCGGUAUUUUCAAUCCUGUACAUUGUGCCGCUACCGCUACAAUACCCGCUGGCGUCUGCGUUUUCCAGGCGAUGGGGCAAGUGCAAGCGCGGCGAUUUCUGACGCAGCUUGAGUAG